CCCGUGCCGCCGCCGACAAUCACAGCGUCCGGCCCGCCACAGGCAGCGCUGAACGACUGCCCCGGCCCGGCGCGCGUGGUGCGCUACGCGACGACGUGGUACCGCCUGCCGAAACCAUCCCCUCCCGCCUCCAAGCAGGACGAGGUAGGGGAAAACGAGUUCCUGAUCUGCACCUGCUGCUACACGCGGCACAUUGCCGGCACGCCGCACGCAGCAUCCAUCGGCGCCACGGCCGCCGAGCUGCCCGCGGGCCGCGUGUGCCGGUUCGACGUGCCGCGCGUGACGGGCCCGGGGCGCGGGCUGUGGGCUGCUGCGUGUCGCGAUCCCGGCGGUGCGGGUCUGGAUGCGUUGCGGGCGUAUGCGGCGCGCAGAGCUGAGCUGGGCCUGUGUCCUGACGAUGAUGCGGAUGGGGGGUAUGCGGAUGGGGGGUAUGGCAACGGGGACGGCGGGCGGUGGUUCGUUGCUGCGCUUGCCGGGAGCGGGAGUGAUGCGUUGCGUGUGUGCGAGGCGUGUUUCGAGGAGCGCGUGUGCGCGACGGGGUUUGCAGGACAUUUCCGUCCGCAGCAGACACAGCAUGCGCAACAGAGCGAUGAUGGCAGCCCGCCCGGAUGCCACCUGCGGUUCGCGUUCGUGGCGCGGGCGCUGGCCCACACAGAUGAACACGGCGGCGGCGGCGGAUGGAGCGCGUUCGCCGCGGCGGCGGCGCGGCGGCUGGGCCAGCCUACUUGCGCGGGCAGCAGUACCGCAGUGGCAGCGACCAGCCGCGGCUGGCGGCGCGCGCGGCGGGCCGAGAUCGCCGGCGUGACCGUGUGCGAGGCGUGCUUUCUCGACCUGGCGGGCAUGACGCCGUUCGCCGACGAGUUCGACACGGCGCUGAUCUUCCGGGCCACGGCUCAGAUGUGGACGUGUCAUGCUGCGCGGCCGCCGCUGGCCGUGGUGCUGGGCGUCGCGCAGAGCCGGCAGGACUUUGGCGUGUUUGUCAGCGGCGCCGCCGCCAUCAUGGCCGCGCCGGCGUGCACCGAGGCCGGGCUCGGCGGCGGCGCCGUGACGUGGUACACGCUGGCGGGGCGGCGGUGCCACAACUUCGAGGUGUGCGCGGGCUGCUACGCGGGGCUGCUGGAGCCGUUCGGGGUGGCGGGUUUCCUGCAGGCCGUGAGCUUCUCGGGCGACGAGGCCGCCGUGCCGCGGCUGUGCGACUUCCACCCGAGCGCGCCCUACUUCGCGCCGUACGUGCACCGGCUGCAGGAGGCUGUCGACGUGGGCGUGUGGGCGCGCUUCUCCGAGUUUGUGCGCGCGCACGCGGCGCUCGCCGGCGCCCCCGCGUGUCCGCGCUCGACGCCAACGCCGGACCUGAUCUGGUACGGGUACCAGGACUGCGGCAUAUGCCCGCGGUGCUACGCCGAGGUCUGUGUCGACACGGCCCUGGCGGCGUCGAUGCCCGUGCAAGCAGCGAGGGUCACGGGGGCGACCAUGUGCAGCAUGUACUCGCCGCGGAUGCGCCGGCUGUUCGCGGCGGCGUGCGAGCGCGGCAGCGCCGACGAGCUGGUCGAGUUCGCCCACCACCGCGCGCUCGUCCACGCCAACACGCUGCUCCGCGCCGACGCCAUGCGCCAGAUCCAAGCCCUGAAGAUGCGCCAGGCCGCGAACCAGGGCGUCGUCAGCUCCAUCUACAGCGGCGGCCAGAGCUUCGCGCUCGCGGCUGGGGUGACGAGCGACUACGCCUACGGCAGCAGCACGCUUGGCUGGCACCCCACGCAGUCGGGCGCCAUGGCCGCGCAGGCGUUUCAGAGCAUGAACGCCGGGUUUGCCGAGGCGAACAGUCCGCACGUCGCCAUGGAGAUUGCACAGCUCGAGGCGCAGUGGCUCGAGGUUGAGUAG